GGCAUUUUCUAUAUGUUAAUGCUCGCAUUGAAGAGUCUAAAUGAACGGAUCUGACAGCUUGACUCGUCUAAAGAUGGUCUUGCUAAGCAUGGAGCGUGUUCUUCUGGAUCGAGAUGGAGUGAUCUCAAAGACAUGGUAUAAUGAAGAGAAAAAUAGGUGGGAAAUGGACCCCAUUGCUGUUUCAUAUGCUGUCUCGAAGAAAUUAGCGGAGCAUGCUAGAAUUAGGCAUGAUUGGGGUGCCAUGUACAUUGCAUUAAAGGCGGAUGACAAGGAGUUCUAUGUCGACAUUGAUGAAUUUGACAUGCUCUUUGAAGAUUUUGGAGGUUUUGAUGGGUUAUACAUGAAAAUGCUUGCCCAGGAAUGGAUGCUAGAGAAAAUGAGGAACAUAAAUGAUGAUAUAAUGAUGGUGAUUGUGUUUCCAGUUGCGGAGUUCAUCAUUCCUUAUCCGCUAUGGAGUUCUGUUACUGGAGAUUGUAACUGAGACGAAAAAUGACAGCCAACGUCUUAAGCUAUGUAAGUUAAUGUCUUAUAUAAUUACGAACCAUAUAACUUAUAAUGCACUUACAUUAUGAAUGCUUAUAGUUUGAUAAUUGAUAAACAGUCUGAAUCCAUCCAGGCUGUUUCCGAAUUUUACAACCCAAAACCAAACUUAUAAAGCAGUUAAUAUGCUA